CGGCCGGCGGACUUUGAGGAGGGCCCCCGGCGUAGGCGGCGACGGGUGUGGGCCGAGCCGGUAUUUAUAGCUCGGUGACAGCUGCGGUGGCAGCGACGCCGCCGGCCCGUCUCGCCGCGCUUCCCAGCGAGGCCGCGGGCGCGGCGGAGGGCUGCGCUCCACCGGGUCUCCCGAGUGCGGACGCCCCGAGCCCGCGCGGCCCCCUUGGUAAACUACGGAAUUGAAGUUUUGAAGGAUGGGUAAAGACUUCCGUUAUUAUUUCCAGCAUCCCUGGUCUCGGUUGAUUGUGGCUUACUUGGUGAUCUUCUUUAACUUCUUAAUAUUUGCGGAGGACCCAGUUUCUCAUAGCCAAACAGAAGCCAACGUUAUUGUUGUUGGAAACUGUUUUUCAUUUGUAACAAAUAAAUACCCUAGAGAAGUUGGCUGGAGGCUUUUGAAGGUGCUUCUAUGGCUCCUUGCCAUUCUCAUAGGACUAAUAGCUGGCAAAUUUCUGUUCCAUCAGCGUUUGUUUGGUCAGUUGCUUCGGUUAAAAAUGUUUCGAGAGGAUCAUGGAUCGUGGAUGACAAUGUUCUUCAGCACAAUUCUCUUUCUCUUCAUAUUUUCUCACAUAUACAACACGAUUCUUCUAAUGGAUGGGAACAUGGGAGCAUAUAUCAUUACAGACUAUAUGGGCAUCCGAAAUGAAAGUUUCAUGAAAUUAGCUGCAGUAGGGACCUGGAUGGGGGACUUUGUCACAGCUUGGAUGGUCACUGAUAUGAUGCUUCAGGACAAGCCCUAUCCUGAUUGGGGAAAAUCUGCAAGAGCUUUCUGGAAGAAAGGAAAUGUUAGGAUUAUUUUAUUCUGGACGGUUCUUUUCACUCUGACAUCUGUGGUUGUACUUGUCAUUACAACUGACUGGAUCAGCUGGGACAAGCUGAAUCGGGGAUUUUUGCCCAGUGAUGAAGUUUCCAGAGCCUUCCUGGCUUCUUUCAUCUUGGUCUUUGACCUCCUUAUUGUAAUGCAGCCCCAUCCUGCUUUUUCAAUUCAAGAUGGGCUUCUGGACAAGAUUCAGGGGAAGGACAAGGUUGUAGAGGCCAAGGACUGGGAAUUCCCACAUUUCAUGGGAGACGUCGAUGUAAAUCUUCCUGGUUUGCACACGCCUCACAUGCAGUUCAAGAUUCCUUUCUUCCAGAAGAUCUUCAAGGAGGAAUAUCGUAUUCACAUAACAGGUAAAUGGUUUAACUAUGGGAUUAUCUUUCUCGUCUUGAUUUUGGAUCUUAAUAUGUGGAAGAAUCAGAUAUUUUAUAAGCCUCAUGAAUAUGGACAGUAUAUUGGCCCAGGGCAGAAGAUAUAUACAGUGAAAGACUCAGAGAGUCUAAAGGAUUUGAACAGAACCAAGCUAUCCUGGGAAUGGCGGUCCAAUCACACUAACCCUCAGACUAAUAAAACCUAUGUUGAGGGAGACAUGUUCUUACACAGCAGGUUCAUAGGGGCAAGCCUUGAUGUCAAGUGUCUGGCUUUUGUGCCAAGUCUGAUAGCUUUUGUGUGGUUUGGAUUCUUCAUUUGGUUCUUUGGACGGUUUUUGAAAAAUGAGCAAGGCAUGGAGAAUCAAGACAAUACUUACACACGCAUGAAAAGAAAAUCCCCAUCAGAACAAAGCAAGGACAUGGGAAUCACGCGAGAAAACACCCAGGCCUCAGUGGAAGACCCAUUGAAUGACCCCCCCUUGGUGUGCAUCAGGUCUGACUUCAAUGAGAUCGUCUACAAGUCUUCCCACCUAACGUCGGAGAACUUGAGCUCGCACUUAAAUGAAUCGACCAGCGCCACAGGGGGAGGAGACCCAGAUCCAACGACUUCUAAAAGUACACCAACGAACUAGAACCGAUUGUUGGGGGAUAGCACAAAGAGCAACCCUGGGUGUAACUUUCAAAAGUUAGUCUUUCCUUUUGUAAAUGUUAAGGUUUACAUAGCGUUAGGUAAAGAAAUACAAAUGAUGCCACAACGGUGCUCAACAUGCUUUUUCUAGGACUCAUUGUUUUCUAUUUGUAUUAUGAUACCUGUGCCUACAGUAUAUCUAACAGUCCUCUAGAGAUUGCUUUUUCACAGUUGUACAAGCUACUUACUGACUUUACAGCCUAGUAGAUUAGCUGGUUACCCAUGUAUCUGAUGUUCAACCAUAGUGGUGCCUUGAGACAUUAAACUUUUUAACUGUACCAGAAACGAAGUAUGGAACAGUUCUCUAACCUGCUUCACAUGGGUUUUUUUUUAUACAAUUAUUUUGAUCUCCACUUGAUGUCUGAGCAGGAAACAGAUAUAGCCAAGAUGUGGCUCAGGAAGUAUGUCUCGGUUUCUUAUUCAGCAGUGGAGUUGGUGACUUUGACAGCUGGACUGCAGAGAAGCAUUGUGAUUACCUUUGAAUUUUUAUUGGCUGUCUGCCAAAUACAAAUACAGAUGCAGAAUUCAGUAAUAGGAGAGUGAUAAUCCAUCAUGGGUCACUACUUGUGAAAUGUGACUUUCUCCAACCAGUAAUUGCAAUUAGAUAAUAAUACCUAAUUAUGUUUUCCCAAUUAAGGUAAAUUGCUACCUGAUUAAAAAUCCUGCCCUUCACCUUUGGGAACAAAGGUUAAGAUGCACAGUUAGGUGAACUCUCAAAUUUAUUGGCAUUUACACAAAGCCCUAGAAAACCAAGAAACUGAAGUUUUAAUUAUGUGAGGGUUGCACAGCCUACCAUUCACAAUAUUUGUACAUCUUUCUGUAAAUAUGGUUGUUGACAGUGAAAAUUGAAAAACAUAUGCCAACCCUGAGCAAAGGAACUCCUCUAAAAAAUCAUGCUGUGGAACUAUGUAAGGUAGAAAAAAGGAUGUGCAUGAAAGACUCUGUUUACUGGCUUGUUUUGUGUGUGUUUUGUUGUUUUUGUUUUCUUUUUUUAAGAACUAAACAUCACACAUUAAUAAAU